GUUUUUUGAGGUUCUCAUGAUAAAGUCGGAAUGAACCCUACUUCCCUUCCCUCUGCUGCGUCUUCCCUCGCUUUUCGGGAUCAUCGGCCGUUCAGCAGUGACCAGAAGAAGCCGGCGGCGCCAUGGUUCACGUCAGCUUCUACCGGAACUAUGGGAAGACCUUCAAAAAGCCACGACGUCCAUAUGAGAAGGAGCGGCUUGAUGCGGAGCUGAAGCUCAUCGGAGAGUACGGGCUCCGGUGUAAGAGGGAGUUGUGGAGGGUUCAGUACGUUUUGAGCCGAAUUCGUAACAAUGCUAGAAAUCUUCUCACCCUUGAUGAGAAGAAUAACCGUAGGAUCUUCGAGGGAGAUGCCCUUCUCCGAAGGAUGAACAGGUACGGGCUCCUGGACGAGAGUCAGAACAAGCUCGAUUAUGUCCUGGCACUCACUGUGGAGAACUUCUUGGAGCGCCGGCUUCAGACACUCGUGUUCAAGUCCGGUAUGGCUAAGUCGAUCCACCAUGCCCGUGUUCUCAUCAGGCAGAGGCACAUUAGGGUGGGGAGGCAGGUCGUGAACAUUCCGUCUUUCAUGGUGAGAGUCGACUCCCAGAAGCACGUCGACUUCUCUCUCACAAGUCCAUUUGGAGGUGGGCGCCCCGGCAGGGUGAAGAGAAAGAACAUGAAGGUAGCUGCAAAGAAGGCUGCUGGUGGAGACGGAGAUGAAGAGGACGAGGAUUAAACCAUAGGCUAGACCUCCUGUACCAAGUUUUUGGUUUCGGGCUUUGAUUUUCAAUAUGUUUCGGCCAUACCAGUUUUCAAGCUAGACUCGAGACGGUUGGUUCAACUUUGAAGAGGACGAGGAUUAAACCUUUUCGAUUUUGAUUGGCUAAGUUCAACUUUGAACACGGUUGGUUCUGUGUUGAAUAUUCGACAUGUUCACUUCGAUCGCAGCAGAGGAUUUUACCCUUUUA